AUGAAUGCAGACUCUAACAUUUGCCCAUUGAUCAUCCCCAGCACGACCGACUGCAUAAAUUUUGAGAUUUACUCAGGAGCUAAGGACAGAGACCGUUUACCUGGUAAACCAGACCUCGGAGCUGUAUUGAAUACAGUAAUUCGACUGUUACGACCAGUACCAAGGCACGUCAAUCAUAUAACUUAUUUUGACAAUUUUUAUACGAAUAUUCCUCUGCUACAUAACUUGACCAACGAAGGUAUUUAUUGUCUUGGAACGGUACAGAGAAACAGGCUUGGAAAGUCGUGCAAGUUGCCGGAGAAACGGGAAAUUAUGAAGUCUAACGUACCCAGAGGAACAUAUCACGAAAAUGUGGCCUCUUACGAAGGCCAAGAAUUGUCGGCCACAAGUUGGGAAGACAACAAACAAGUACUAUUACUUUCCACGUAUGUUGGUGCUGAACCAGCGGAUACUAUAACCCGCUACGAAAAAAAACUAAAGGCCAAUGUUCAAGUAUCAUGUCCUCGGGUCAUAAAAGAAUAUAAUGUACACAUGGGCGGCGUUGAUUUGAUGAAUAGCUUCACUGGUCGAUAUCGCAUCCGCAUAAGUCGAGAAAGUGGACAACGAGGCUCUUCUACCACUUGUCAGACAUGA